UACGUUUUCGGUUUUAGUUCAAAUUGGCAGACAAAACCCAAAGCAACGUUCCGAUUUGGAAGCGCUCGAAGUUAUAGUCAACCGAACAUAGACAACUAAGGCAGAAAGUGUGGCAAAAUAUUUGCCGUGUGAUUUAUUAGAGUAAAAAUAAAAAUUAUAGCAACAACAACAUAAUUAGCGAAGUGCCGGAGAGAGUGUUUCUCAUUGCGUUGUAACGAAAGUGUUGUUUCUGUGAAAUAUCGCAAAUUUGCAAUAAAGUGCAAGGUGUGCAAAACCAAGCCAAAUAGUCGAAGUUAGCCCAGAUUCGUCAUUAACAGUAAUCUAUGAAAUUUUCCGUCAGCGUAGACCGUGUUCGAGUAGUUUCAAAGUGUUGUGAAGUUUUUCAUAAAUAACUGUUGUUUUUCGUGCAACAUUGUGCGUAAUAUUGACACUUUUGGCAUUCAAAACAAAAAGUCCAAAACAGUGCUAGCAGUCUAUAAGAGAAGUUAUUUGACUGAACCAACUCUGAACUUUUUUGUGGAACUCCAACAAAAGCUUCAAAACUAAUCGGUGACAGUUACACACUCAACUCAAGGCAAUAGAAAAUAGCCCACCCGUCCACCGCUCGAAGGCAUAGCGACACCAGAAAAGGCUAAGCAAAUAAAGCAAAUAGAAAUCAAGCGCAAAAUCAAUAGCUGUCAACUAUGGAUGUUGGAAAAUAUUUGGGAUUAUUGGCGUUGAUGCUGCUCUCGCUGUUGGCGCUCUACAGCAGUCCGGUGGAGGCGUGCAGUUGCAUGCCCAGCCAUCCGCAGACACACUUCUGCAAUGCUGACUAUGUUGUCAUAAUACGCGUAAUGCGUAAGUCCCUCCGUUUAGUGCAAGACAACGUCGCAUACAAAGUGGAAGUCAAGAAGUCAUAUAAGAUGAACGAAGCCGGUCACAAGCUGCUCAAGCACGGUCGCAUAGUAACACCAAACUCUGAUGCUAUGUGUGGCAUUAAUCUGGACAUAGGCAAGCUCUACGUGAUUGCCGGUCGUGGUCCGUAUUUGAACAGUUGCAGCUAUGUUAAGGAGUACCUGAAAAUGUCGGUGGUUGAGAGGCGUGGUUUUGCCGGCGCAUAUCGCAAGGGUUGCAAAUGCUCGGUGCAACCCUGUUUCGGCCAAAGCUGUUUAAGUGAACACCAAUCGGCAACCUCGUGCAAAUGGUCGCCCUUCGCUAAGUGUGAGACCGAUUACAGCGCCUGCAUUCCCUCACACUACCGCACGCCCGAAGGCAUAAUCUCCAAGUGCCACUGGCGAAGAACGCCGGCAUACAAGAAAUGCAUGUCCGAUCCAUAAAUUGCAUAACACAUAUGUACUAGUUAUGUAUGUAUAUAUAAAUCGAGGCAGUAAAAGAAUUGAGCAAAAUCGGCAAGAAAUAGUUUUACACAAAAAUUUGCUGCUUAUUCUUCGUAGUUUAGCUGUAUUUUACGAAAUAAUACUUAUUUAAUUUUAACAUGUUACACACAUACGUGUAUACACUAAAAUUGAUAUGUAUGUAUUGGUUGUAGUUGUACACGCGCAGCAUUUCCAUUUUGACAUUUACAAAUUUCAUAGUUUCAUUUAAUUAUUAAAAUUUAUUAUUAAUUUCAAUUAAUCUUUUUUAAUUUAUUAUCAAUCUUUUUAAGACUAUUUUUUAAUUUCUUUAAAUUAUUUUUAAUUUUUUUUUACUUUAAUUUAAAAAUAUUUAAAUAAUUUUUGUUGUUUUGAGAUUAUCUUUUAAUUUCUUAGAACUGUUUUUUCAUUUUAUAUUUAAUUUAAUUUAAAAAAUUUCAAAUAAUUUUUGUUUUUUUUUGUAAUUCUUUAAUUUUAAAAUUAAAUUUUUAAAUUAUUCUUUUUUCGGUAUUCUAUUUAAAAAAAAAAAUUGUUUAAAAAUAUUUUAAUUAAUUUUUCACUAAUUAGGUUCACUUACGUAGGUUGCCUUUUAUAUUUCGGGAUUAGGCAACCCUAGUGUUGCAAUCUAGCAACUCACAACUUCGUCGUAAAGCUUGGCAUUUUUAAUGUUAUACAUACUAAGAACAUUUUGACGUACGAACGCUAUUUGUGUUGCUUACAGUAACUUGAAAUAUGCAUUCCGGCCGGACAAAAAAUAGAAUCAAACCACACUUCGAGCGAUUAUUUGUUACAACUUGUUGAUUAACUUAUCAAGAUUUGGCCAGUGUUUAUCGAUUGUAUGGUGAAUUCAGUCGAGACUCCAAGACGGAUUUCGUGAAGGUCUUCCAAAAUCGGUUGUUGUUUCGAAAACUAUUGAUGCUGUGAACAAACUAAUAUUAACAGAUCGUCAUGUAACCUAUUGUGAGAUGGAGGCAACUAAAGGCAUUAGUGGGACCAGCAUACUGGUAUAAAGCCAUUGCAUGGGCUUUUGACUGUGAAAAAAAAUUUCACGUUUAAUCCCACACAAUUUGUCGAUCGCUCAAAAAAGGCUCGUAUCUAUUGGUCGUGAGAAAUGUUAACAAAAUAAGAUAGCUGUGCUUCGAAAUUGAUCUAUGACAUCGUGACAGGAGAUGAAUCGUGGAUUUAUGUCUAUGAGCCUGAAAGUAAACUGCAGUCGACCGUAUGGGUAUUUAAAGAUGAGCCGAAUCCAACAAAAGUGGUUUGCGUAUGAAACUCAUCCAAGCAAACGGUUGCCUGUUUUUUGGAAAUACUGGACAUGUCGCAAACAUCUAACUCGAAUAAUAAAGAACAUUAAAUUCUGAGUGGUAUACAAUCAUUCCAAGAAAUCAGAAAAGCCAGCCGACGGAGAAGAAUUACUCUUUACCACACAAUGCAAACUCUCACACAUCGACCGAAACAACCGCAAUUUUGAUCACUCAAAACAUCGAUUUGAUGAGUCAUCCUCCGAAUAGUUCCGACUUUGGACCGAAUGACUUCUUUUUAUUUCCCAAUGUGAAAGAUAAACUAAUAGGUAAACUUUUUCAUCACCCAAAGAGGCGAUUUUUGAGAUACCUUAAUCAAAGUGGCAAAAGCGCUUCGAUAAUUGGUUCAAACGCAUGCGAAAGUUUAUAGAUCUUAAUUGAGAAUAUUUUAGAACACGAUAAAGCGAUUUUCGAUGAUUAAAUUUUGUUUUCUUUACUCUAAUCCCGAAAUAUAAAAGGCAACCCACGUACUAUAGCACAUUUUAGGUUCACAUUUCCGCACGAGUAGUUUUAUUUUUUUCCACAUCUUCUCACUUAUUCUUUUACCCUGUAUUUCUUCACCUAAUUAGAGCUUUAAUUGUAUGUACAUAAAUAUAUUAUUAACUGUUAUUUGUAUUUAUUGUAAUAAAGCCACAAAUAAUA